AUGCAAUUAGUCGCUGCUCUCGCAGCCUUGGGUGCCCUGGUAGCCCCGGCUGUUGCUUACCCUCACGCCCCCAUGAACGAGACUCUUGUCGACGUUCAGCUCACCGCUAUUGGAAAUACCAUGAUCAAAGCUAUCAUCACCAACAAGGGAGACACCCCGUUGAACAUGCUCCAGUUCAACACCAUCAUGGACGAGAACCCUAAUCGCAAGGUCAUGGUCUUCAAGGAUGGUUGGCACAUACCUCUCCUCUAUUUUGUUAAUCGAUUCUUCACCACCCUUGCUCCCCAGGCCAGCGUUGAGCACUCCUUCGACAUUGCUGCCACCCAUGAUCUCAGCGUCGGUGGCAAGUAUGUCGUUACCGCUAACGGUGCUAUCCCCACUGCGGAGGAACACAGCACCACUAUCACCUCGGCUGCUUUGUACGAGUCUAACGAGCUCCAGAUGGAUAUUGACGGCAACCAGGCUGCUGCCGUUGAGCAGGCCAUGAACUUCACUCCAGAGAUGCAGUCCAUUCAUGCCAGAGCCCUUGAGAAGCGCACCAAGAUCGUCGGCGGCUCCUGCAACGCAAACACCCUUCGUGCCACCCAGACUGCCCUUGGAAACUCUGCCCGCCUUGCACAGGCCGCUGCCCGUGCCGCUGCCCAAAACCCACAGAAGUUCCAGGAGUACUUCCGCACCAACGACGCCAACGCUAAGCAGAGAGUCAUUGCCCGCCUCAACUCCGUCGCCCGCGAAUCUAGCUCUGCCAACGCCGGUGUCACCACCUACUACUGCUCUGAUACCAUGGGUGGCUGCAAGCCCCGUGUGCUUGCCUACACCCUUCCAUCCCGCAACUUGGUCGUCAACUGCCCAAUCUACUACAACUUGCCCCCCCUCACCAGACAGUGCCAUGCCCAGGACCAGGCUACCACUACUCUCCAUGAAUUCACCCACAACCCAGCCGUCGCUAGCCCACACUGCCAGGACUAUGCCUAUGGUUAUCAACAGUGCAUCUCUCUCCCAGCUGCCAAGGCUGUUCAGAAUGCUGACAACUAUGCCCUCUUUGCCAACGGUAUGUUUUGA